AUUUCUGCAAAAAUAUCUUCCAGUUUCUAAAUUCCUUCCCGUUCUGGUUUUUUGGCUUACAGAAGGAUUGUUAAGGUUUUCUUUAUAAUUUUUUAGCGUUUUCUCUGGAAGAAAUGGACGCGGCGGGAAGUUGCUGGCAACUGAUAACAGGCGUCGGAACGCUAACCGCGGUUGUCUUGCUGCUGGAAAUGCUGUACUGGAUCGGGAAGAAUCUCUUCGUCUACAUCCUAGCCGAGCCGCUGGGCUUCACGGUGCCUUUUGCAAAAUUGGGAGAAUGGGCUGUGAUCACGGGAGCGACGGACGGAAUCGGGAAAGCUUACGCAUUUGACCUGGCGCGGCGGGGCUGCAACAUCAUCCUGAUCAGUCGGAGUGAGGAGAAACUGCAGAAAGUCGCCAAGGAGAUCGAAUCGGUGCAUGGAGUGAAGACCAAGAUCAUCGUGGCGAACUUCAGUCAUGUCGAGGGAGUGUAUGAGCACAUCAAACGGGAGCUGGACGGACUGGAAAUCGGAGUUUUGGUGAACAACGUGGGAGUGACGUAUCCCAAUCCGGAAUUCCUCGCCGAUCUGCCGGGCGGGACGGAAUUCCUCAACGCCAUGAUCAACUGCAACGUUCUCUCGCAGACGCACAUGACGAGCAUCGUGCUGCCGGGGAUGUUGGCGCGGCGGAGCGGCGCGGUGAUCAGUCUGUCGUCGGCGUGCGGCGACAUCCCCAUCCCGCUGCUGUCGGUGUACAGCGCCACCAAGGCCUACAACGACUUUUUGUCGCGCGCCCUGCAGCAGGAGUACGCCGACCGCGGUCUCAUUUUCCAGUCGGUGCUGCCGUGGAUCGUCUCCACCAACAUGACCAACAACGCCCGACUGAGUUUUCUGGUGCUGGAUGCCAAACUGUACGCGCGCGCCUGCUUGAAUACCGUGGGCUUCUUCACGCGCACCCACGGCCAUCCGGCGCACGCGCUGCAGAAUUGGCUGUUGAAGAACUUUUUUCCCUCGCGUCUGUCGCAGCACUUAAUCAAGAGCCACUGCAUUCGCAGCCGGGAUAAAGCGCACCGGAAAAUGAAGGCGAAAACCAGGUGAAGGAUGGAUGUAUUCUUAUAACAGCCGGCUGACGGAUGAAUUUGACCUGUGUCCUCGCGUUUUAUUCAGUAUUGUUGUUAGUCGUUAAUUGUUUGUUACGCAUGGUAUUUUUGACAAAAUUAAUUAUUAGUCUACCGAAAACGUAACGUAAAUUGGAAAUUUGUCCUCAAUUUCUGUGAUGUGUCAGAUAAAUGGCAUUUAAUUCUACCGCC